GAAAAUUUUACUACUAACAGAUACAAAUGUGGGCGGUAGGUAUAAAAAGGUUGACUACCCCUGAUCUAAAGCAUACUAUACAUGUAUCAAAACUGGGGAAGGAAUGCACCUAAAUGCUUUAACUUGUAUGAAGAAUGUAUCAUGAGAAAUUUAACGAGUUCUACAUAUUGUGGCUGGUUCAGAGCGCUUAUGAAAUAAAGCUCAACGAUAGAUUUAAUAUCUAUAUAUUAAAAACGGAGACACAUUGAUACUAGUGGGAUGUUACUAGUAGGGAAUCAGAUCGCUCCUGUUAUUGUGGGGAAAACACCGGAGAGUGGCUUUCUCAAAAUACGGAAUUCAGCAGCACUGCCACCUUUCAACGGGACUUCUGACUGUUUUGAGGGCUGUAGGUUGAAUCUGCUUUAUUUUAGACAAGUAUAGAUUUCCUAGUUCUUAAUCGGUUUUAUUCUGUUUGUUUAGACAGGCUGUAAACUUUUUUCUUUUUAAACUUAGCAUUCUGGAAGAGGCCGAGCGGCUGUCACAAAAAAAACACUAUAAACUCUCGCCUUUCCCCCCAAUUUGAAGGCCUGGACUUGGAAGUCCCUCGCCUGCCUUCCUUCGGGAAAAUCGGUCAUCUUGGAGGCGAAAACCGUGUGCUUAAAAACUUGCUUCUGCAACCUCUGCCCGACCAAAGCUUCGUCCUCUCCAAAUCCUUCUUCGGCACAGGAUACCCGGGACCGCCUGCCCCGGUUCUCUCAGCCUCAACUGUAGCGGUCACCCCGCACCGCUUCGGCGCCCCGCAAUCUCCCGGGCAGCGGCUCUCCUACCACUCGCGUCGUAGUCUCGGUCGCACCAUAGCCCGGCGGCGCUUCCCAAAGGGGAGAGGAAGGGAACCACCGCGCAGGAGGGGAGUCUCCCCUCAGGGCUCUUCGUCGUAAGCCGCGUCGCCACCCCCCCCCCCCCGCCACAGCCUGAUAAUCGGGCGCGUUCCCCCUCCUCCAUCCGUCUAACCUCGACCAAUCGAAAAGAUGCGCACGUGAUAAGUGUUCCCAACGAUGACUUCAUCCCUGGUGUGGGAUGACGUCAAAUUCAAGAUGGAUGGAAUCACGGCGGUGGCGGCGGCGCGCGCGGGUGAAUCGUAAAAGAAGACGGCCGAAGGGGGAAGGAAAGGGUGUGCGCGGAAGAUCACAUGACAUAAAGACUUUGUCAAAUUAAGGAGUAAAUGCAGUCCUGAAUCUAAGAUUUCUCUUGUUUGGAAGUAUUUUCAAGAAGAAGAAGGAAAACAUUUCUGAUAAACUUAAUCAUGGAUGGACUUUUGCAUUAUAUAAAUCCCGCACAUGCUAUUUCUCUUUUAAGUGCUUUAAAUGAACAGCGUCUGAAAGGACAACUUUGUGAUGUUGUUCUCAUAGUAGGAGAUCAAAAAUUUCGAGCUCAUAAAAAUGUUCUAGCUGCCAGCAGUGAAUACUUCCAAUCUCUAUUCGCUAAGAAAGAAAAUGAAUCUCAGUCAGUAUUUCAACUUGAUUUCUGUGAACCAGAUACCUUUGAUAAUGUAUUAAACUACAUUUAUUCAUCUUCUUUGUUUGUUGAGAAAAACAGUCUGGCUGGUGUGCAAGAGGUAGGCUACAGUCUUGGAAUUUCCUUUCUUACUAACAUUGUAUCUAGAAGUCCUCAAGUUCCUUUGCCUGCAUGUCCAAUCAAGAAAAUACUAUUCCAAGAAGAUGAUGAAAGUGCCUCCCAGAAAAGAAGUGUCAUCGUUUGUCAGAGCAAAAAUGAAAUACAGGGGGGAAAGGUUGGUCAAGCCUCCCAUGAUAUAAGCCAUAGUUCUAAUAUUUUGUCAUCAGUUGCUAUCAAAACUAAGUGGUCACAACCAUCAACUGAAUUUCAACACAGCCUAUCACUAAAUGAAAAGAGGUGGUUGAAAGAUAGUUCUUUAAGAUACUCAAAGACCCAUGAAUCUUCAGUUACAAUGGAUGAUCAAAGUAAAAUGAAAAGAAAUGCAAUAUUAUCACAGAAAUCUUUUGUAGAAAAAGAACUGGCAGUUGAUAAACUAGAAGAAAGUGAUCAACUAUUAAGAAGAAAGGCAGAGGAAAUAUCCUUGAAACAGGUUUGUCCACCCGUUGAAUCUGUAUGCGGUUCAUCAGAAGCCACAUUUUUGCUGAAGGAAAGAAACAAAGGAACUAGUUCAGGUGAAGACAGGAAUUUACUAUACUAUUCAAAAUUAGGAUUAGUAAUCCCAUCUAGGAUAGCUGGUCCUGAAAGCCAAACUACUGACAGGAGUGGACCACUUGUAAAAAGUCUUCUUCGAAGGUCAUUGUCAAUGGAUAGUCAAAUUCCUAUAUCUUCACCUUCUAUUGAUUUAAAGCUUUCUCAAAGGUCUUCAGUUGGGAACAAUGCACAAGGAAUAAUGUUGAAUGUAAUAUCACAAAAGUCACCCAUUAAAGAUAUUUCAGAAAUAGCAGCUUCUGUUGAUAAGACACAGAUAAUGCCUCCACAUCGUCUCAGAUCCUUCAGUGCUUCUCAAUCAACAGACAGGGACAUGAAUUCUCAAGAAGUACAAAUUAAAAUGGAACCUAGCAGUCCACUUUCAGAUCCAUCUGAAAUUAUAAGAAUUACAGUGGGAGAUACUUUAUCAUCUGUCAACAAAAAUGACUGUUUUAAGAUUGAAGAUGACCACAGAGAACUCACUAAUUCUCUUAAAGCAGAAGAUAGUGAGCUCAAUAGACUUCCAGCCAAAAGAAGAUUUCAAGCAGACAGAAGGCUACCACUCAAAAAAAUGAAGGUAGCUCAACAUAUUUCCACAGAGUCAGAGGACAAUUUUGAAGAGAAUUUGAAUCCUGUACCCUUUGUUGAUUUUCCAGAUUCUGAUGUUAGCAGAGAUGAAUGUGGUGAAUUGGAGGAAACAAAGCCUAACAAAAAAUUUAAGUGCAAACACUGUCUUAAGAUUUUCCGGUCAACAGCAGGCCUACAUCGUCAUGUCAAUAUGUACCACAAUCCAGAGAAACCAUAUGCUUGUGAUAUUUGUCAUAAGAGAUUUCACACAAACUUCAAAGUUUGGACCCAUUGCCAGACACAACAUGGAAUUGUAAAGAACCCCUCGCCUGCUUCUAGUUCACAUGCUGUCUUAGAUGAAAAAUUCCAGAGGAAAUUAAUUGACAUUGUAAGAGAACGGGAAAUUAAAAAGGCUUUGAUUGUUAAAUUAAGACGUGGAAAACCAGGGUUUCAGGGACAAGCUAGUUCACAAGUUCAACAAGUCAUCAAGAGGAACCUUAGGUCAAGAAAUAGAGGAGCUUACAUUUGUACCUAUUGUGGGAAAGCAUAUCGCUUUUUGUCACAGUUUAAACAGCAUAUAAAAAUGCACCCAGGAGAAAAACUGGUUGGAGGAAAUAAAACUCUUAUUAAACCAAAAGAAGAUAGUCGCAUUGAAAACUCAGUGGAAAACAAAAAAGUUUAUCAGUGUCGUAUUUGUAAUGCUAAACUUUCGUCUCUUACUGAACAAGGAAAUCAUGAGCGGCUGUGCCGGAAAGCAACAGUUUGUGCUUACUGCAGUCUUCUGUUUUCUUCUCCAGAACUGAAGCAUGACCAUGAAGUCACAUGUGAAUAUAAGAAGCUCACUUGCUUGGAGUGUAUGCGAACUUUUAAAUCCUCCUUCAGUAUUUGGCGCCAUCAAGUUGAGGUUCACAAUCAAAAUACUAUGGCUCCAACAGAGAAUUUUUCUUUACCAGUUUUGGAGCACAAUGGUGAAGUAAGUAAUGCUUCAAAACCACAUUAUCAAGCAGAGCCUAACAAAAUUGGCAGCUUUCUUGCAGCUAAAGAAGAUGGUGUGUUUAGUGAUUCCUCAGAGCAAAUCAAUUUUGAUUCAGAAGAUUCCUCAUGCCUUCCUGAAGACCUUAGUGUUUCGAAACAGCUGAAAGUUCAAAUCAAAGAAGAACCUAUGGAUGAUGUAGAAGAGGAGAUAUCUGAAAGCAGCCGGGAACCAAAGGAAGGCAUUGCUAAUAAGGAGACUGGUUUGUGGCCCUGCGAAAAGUGCGGAAAAAUUUUCACUGUACACAAGCAGCUAGAGCGUCAUCAAGAGCUUUUAUGCUCAGUGAAACCCUUUAUUUGCCAUGUGUGUAAUAAGGCUUUUCGAACCAAUUUCCGACUAUGGAGUCAUUUCCAGUCCCAUAUGGCACAAGCUUCGGAAGAACCUUUGCGAAAAGAACCUGAGAUGUGCUCUUCUGCUAAUUCUCCUUCACCACCACCUUUGCCUCCACCCCCUCCGCUACCCAAAAUACAGCCUUUAGAACCUGAUAGUCCUACAAGCCUGUCAGAAACCCCUUCAGGUAGUGAGAAGUUAUUUGUCCCACAGAAGUCUGACACACUUUUUUAUCAUGCUCCACCAUUGUCAGCUAUCACAUUCAAAAGACAGUAUAUGUGCAAACUUUGCCAUAGGACAUUCAAAACUGCAUUUAGUCUUUGGAGCCAUGAACAGACACACAAUUAAAGAAAAAAGUUUGAAAAGAGUGCCUACAGAUAAUUUCAAAUAUCUGUUUAAUUUCUGUGAUGUUUCUGAAAUUGUAUCACUGAAAGUAGAAUAUAUAUAUAUUACGGCAUACACAUGCAAAGGGGAAAAAUCCUCUCAAAAUUAAACUUGAAAUUUGUGAUGCUGUGUUUUGGAUAUAGAAAUGAAAGUAAACUAAAUUUAUCCUUACUAGAGAAAAUUGUGCAAACCUUUUGAUAUUGUGAUUUCAGAUUUCCUAGUUAUAGAAUAUUUGCAUUCAUUAAAUCUGAGUAUAUAUUUCUCAUAA